AUGUCCCUCCUCCGCCGUAUAGUCCGAAAUUCGACCGUAUCAAAGGUGUUCAAGCCUUACCCACUCGGAACAGACCCUUCCUCACUCCGCAAACUUGAUCCUGUCUCAAUCAGGGAUAUCGAUAACCGCCCAAUUUCUCUGCGAUACAGAGUCACGGUGAUGAUCGAGAUGUCUAAUAUCGACAAAGCCUCGAAGCUCGCGCGCCUGGCAGUCAUGGACGAACUUCGAGUCGACAGAGACACCGUCUUCAUCUGCAACUCCAUAAUCGGCGCCAUGUGCAGCGCCAGACGGUACGACGAAGCCAUCUCUCUGUUCAAUUACUUUUUCAACGAGUGUCAAACUCUCCCAAACAUGCUCUCCUGCAAUCUCGUCAUGAAAGCACACUGCGACCAAGGUCGCGUGGACGACGCUCUUGAGCUAUACCGCCACGUUUUACAAGACGGGAGUUUAGCUCCAGGGAUCGAGACGUACAGGAUACUCACGAGAGCCUUGGUUGAUUCUAAAAGAUUCGAUGAAGCUUGUGAUUUAGUGAGAUCCAUUAGGAGCUUUUGUAGUUUCAUGGUCUAUGACAUUCUAAUUCGCGGGUUCUUGGAUAUAGGGAACUUGGUAAAGGCUAGCCAAAUCAUGGAGGAAUGGAAAGAAUCGAAUAAUAAUAGUAAUAAAGUUCCACGGAGAGAGUAUGACAAGGCAGUUGCAGUCUUCAAUGUUUCGUUUGUGAAGUAUUUUUUCAAGCAAGGCAAAGAUGAGAAAGCUAUGGAGAUUCUCGCAACUCUGGAAGAUGCUCAAGUGCUGGAACCCGUUGUGGGAAACAGGGUUUUACAAGUUCUGGUGGAGCACGGUAAGAAUACAGAAGCCUGGGAAUUGUUUGGAGAGAUGAUAGAAAUCUGUGAUUCUGAGACGGUUGACAUAAUGUCCAGGUAUUUUAGUGACAAAAAAACUGUGCCACUCGUGCGGCUUAGGAAAACAUGUUAUAGGGCGAUGAUCGCGUGUCUCUGCGACCAUGGAAAAGUGUCAGAGGCAGAGAAACUCUUCGCCGAGAUGUUUACCGAUGUUGACGGACAGGACUUGUUGGUGGGGCCUGACCUUUCAACAUUCAGAGCAAUGAUCAAUGGGUAUGUUCAAGUAGGGAGAGUCGAUGGUGCAAUCAAGACCUUAAACAAGCUCCGGAUUUCAAAUAUCAGAAAGCUUGCUAUUCAUCGAGACCCAUAA